UGGGACUGCGGGUGGAAGGAGGAGGAGGAGAAGGAGGAGGAAGGCAGAGUUUGCCAGCCCCCAGAGCCUGCCAGGCUGCGGGGCAGCGCUGACCGAAUGGCCGGGAGCAGGAGCAAGGCCGCCCUCCGUGCGGGGCUCGUGUGCCCCGGGCUGCUCGGCUGCUUCUUGCUGGGCUUUCUUACAGGAUGGUUUACAAAACUGACUGAGAAAAACCCCGACUCUUCAGAUGUGCAUCAAAAUGUGAGACAGAAACUUGUGGCUGAAAUGAAAGCAGAGAAUAUCAGGAAAUUUCUUCGUUCAUUUACCAAGUUGCCUCACCUCGCAGGAACUGAACAGAAUCUUCUUCUUGCCAAAAAAAUUCAAGCCCAGUGGAAGGAAUUUGGAUUAGAUUCAGCAGAACUUGUUGAUUAUGAUGUGCUUCUUUCAUACCCAAAUGAAGAGCAGCCAAACUACAUUUCACUAAUUGAUGAUCAAGGGAAUGAGGUUUUCAAUACAUCAUUGUUUGAACCUCCUCCCCAGGGCUAUGAAAGUGUUACUGAUAUACUACCACCAUAUAAUGCUUUUUCAGCACAAGGAGUGCCAGAGGGAGAUCUGGUGUAUGUGAAUUAUGGCCGUACAGAAGAUUUUUUUAAGCUGGAGCGUGAAAUGGGAAUUAACUGUACAGGAAAGAUUGUUAUUGCCAGAUAUGGGAAGAUCUUCAGAGGAAACAAAGUUAAAAAUGCCAUAUUAGCAGGAGCCCAAGGGAUCAUACUUUACUCAGACCCUGCUGACUACUGUGCCCCAGGAGUAGAUGCUUAUCCAGGUGGCUGGAACCUUCCAGGUGGAGGAGUCCAGCGUGGGAAUGUUUUAAAUUUGAAUGGAGCUGGGGACCCUCUAACACCAGGUUAUCCUGCAAAAGAGUACACUUUCAGGUACAAAGUUAAUGAAGGUGUAGGGAUUCCCAAAAUCCCGGUUCAUCCCAUUGGAUAUCAUGAUGCAGAAGUAUUACUGCGUGCAAUGGGAGGACCUGCAGCUCCAGACAGCAGCUGGAAGGGAAGUCUCAAUGUAUCUUAUAAUAUAGGGCCAGGAUUCACAGGCAACUCUUCUACAAGAAAAGUCAGAAUGCAUGUUCAUACAAGCAAUAAAAUCGCUCGAAUUUACAAUGUCAUUGGCAUCCUCAGAGGAGCUCUGGAACCAGACAGAUAUAUUAUCUUAGGUGGUCACAGAGACUCUUGGGUGUUCGGUGGUAUUGAUCCAACCACCGGUGCCGCUGUUCUGCAAGAAAUCGUACGGAGUUUCGGUAAAAUGAAGAUGGAAGGUUGGAGACCUAGGCGAACUAUUAUUUUUGCUAGCUGGGAUGCAGAAGAAUUUGGAUUAUUGGGUUCCACAGAGUGGGCUGAGGAAAAUGCCAAAGUCCUUCAGGAACGGGCAGUCGCUUACAUCAAUGCAGAUUCUUCUAUAGAAGGUAACUACACAUUAAGAGUUGAUUGUACCCCUCUUCUCUACAGACUGGUGCAUAAUCUGACAAAAGAGAUUUUAAGCCCUGAUGAGGGUUAUGAAAAUAAAUCUCUUUAUGAGAGCUGGCUUGAAAAAGAUCCUGCACCUGAAAAUAACAACUAUCCCAGAAUAAAUAAGCUGGGGUCAGGCAGUGAUUUUGAAGCUUACUUCCAGCGACUGGGAAUUGCAUCAGGCAGAGCUCGUUACACCAAGAACAGGAAAGAAGACAAAUUCAGCAAUUAUCCUGUUUAUCACACUGUGUAUGAGACAUUUGAGCUAGUGGAAAAAUUUUAUGACCCCACCUUCAAGAAACAGCUAACAAUUGCCCAGUUACGAGGCAAACUGGUUUAUGAACUGGCAGAUUCCCAGGUCAUUCCAUUCGACUCUAGAGACUACGGAGAAGCCUUAAAAGGAUACAGCAACAGAAUUUAUAAAUUAGCCAAGAAGCAUGAAGAACAGCUGAAACUUUGUAAAGUAUCAUUUGAUCCUCUUUUUUCUGCUGUGGAGAACUUCUCAAAGGCUGCUGCUGAAUUUCACAGAAGACUUGAACAAGUAGACGAGAAAGAUUCAGUAGCAGUGCGCAUCAUGAACGAUCAGCUGAUGUUGGUAGAAAGAGCUUUCACUGAUCCUCUGGGCUUGCCAGGAAGGAAGUUUUACAGACAUGUCAUCUUGGCCCAAAGCAGCCACAACAAAUAUGCAGGAGAAUCCUUCCCAGGAAUCUAUGAUGCCAUGUUUGAUAUUGAAAGCAAAGCUGAUCAACUUGAAGCCUGGGAAGAAGUGAAGAGGCAGAUUUCCAUUGCAGCCUUCACUGUGCAGGCAGCAGCAGACACACUGAAGGAAGUAGCAUAAGAUGAAGGCUUUGAAAAGUCCCAGAGCAGAGUGUGGCACACAGAGCUGUCAGGCUGCUGCAGUGUCCCAGUGUCCCCGACUGCCUGCCCUGCCUCAGUCUCCAGCCUCCCAAACCACACGGUAGGUGUGCAGAGCUCUGUGUGCCAGAGAACUCCUGAGACAGGGAUUGCUGCAUCUCUGCUACUGACAGAACUUUAUGAACAGCUCUGGAUGGAAGCAAAUUUGGGGAGAAGUGGGAAGAGGGGGAAGCAGGAACAAUCAGUUUCUGAUUAGAAUUUUCCGAGAGAUCUACCAGCUUUGAGGACCCAGUGUUUUGCAUGUACAGUUAUGAAAACAAUUAUUUGCCAAACUACCUGCAAAUUUGUCCACAGCAGUGAUCAAUAGCACACAUUUUGAUGGAAAAAAUGCAAUACUCAGCCUGUACCUUUUUCUUGUUCUGAUAAUUACUUUUAUAAUAGGAGACACCAAAGGCAUCUCUGCAGUUCAGAAUCUAUUCUGCAGGACUGGUGAAUGCUCUUUACACUGAUUUGCUUUCUUUUCCCUGAAAAAAUAAAUAAGUGACUCUCCUACUGAUUGCCAAAGCAGUACUAGCCAUUCUUGAUAAUCAAGGAAAACAGCUGAAAUCCAAAAGCAUGCUCUCAGUGGAGUGCACAUCCAUCCCUCUGAAAGUCUCUAUGCAUCUCACUCUUUUACUUGCACUUUGGAAAAUAAAGAUUUUGGGGGGUAACCAAAAGCUGACCUCUCUGCGCUUUUUGGCACUUUCUCUAGUUCUGAGCCCAGGGCCGCUUUUGUUCCUGUUUUUUCCCAGGCAAUCUCUUUCAUAUUUUUUCCAUCUGAAGGAGCUGGAGGGUACUGUUACUAUUAGCAUGGAGCUUGAGAUAAUUCUGUCUUCAAGUAAGACCUGAAGAAUGUUUCCCAUCAGGAGCUGAUUUUAUAUUCAAAGAGGAACUGAAAUGCAUGAGAAGGCCAGUUGUACAAAACUGUUUAGUUCGUAUAAAAAGAAAAAAAAAAUUAAAAAUUUCUUGCUUCAUUUGCCCUUUAGGUGUAAUUCUCAUCUACAUGCUUUAAAAUGAAUAAAAGUGCUAGAAUUUUACUGAAUCACAUUCCAUCUUGUGGAAACUGACAUUAACCAAUUUCAUCUCUUAUGUAAAAUAUACUACAGUUUUUGUCACUACCAUAAAUUGUACCAUGUUGUGGGAAAAAAAUUAUUUUUGUUUUAUGGGGAAUAGAACAGAUGUGGCCCUAAAAAGGACAGAAUUAGAAAAGCAGGACAGAGUUGUUGUUCUCAUCUCAGAUGCCUUGAAUUCAGACAAGAGAACCAGAAAUAACUUGUGAGAAGUUGUUUUGGGGGAUAUAUGCCACCAAGAAGAGAGGCUUUUACUGGCAUCGCCUCCAAUACACCUCCAUGAAAGAUGAAGGAUUGUGUGCCUGUGAAUGCUGUUCUCAUAAUUUACUGUUCAAUUGCUUUUCACAGAUCAAGCCUUAGGCACUUGAGGAGGAAAUUACACUUCCACAGUCCAUGCUGCACCUCUUCUGUUGGGUAAUGGAAUGCAAAACUGACCUUGUCAGCACGUAAGAGACAAGAGUAGCUGAUGCUGGGGCACAGACCAGGUGAUUCUUGCCCUUUGCUCUGGCAAGGCUCCACCUGGAAUGCUGCUUCCAGCCCUGAGGCCCCAACAUGUGGGCCUGUUAGAGCAAGUCCAGAGGAGGCUAUGAAGAUGAUCAAAGGGGUGGAGUAUCUCUCUCAUGAGCACAAGACUGAGAUGGCUAGGGCUGUUCAGCCUAGGAAAGGGCAGGCUCUGGAAAAACCUUAUUUACAGCCUUCCAAUAGCUAAAGAAGGCUGAAGAGGGACUGCUUACAGGGGUGCGUAGUGACAGGACAAGGAGGAAUAGCUUCAAACUGGAAGAAGGUGGGUUUAGAGUAGACAAAAUUCUUUACUGUGAGGGUGGUGAGGCACUGGUACGUUGCCCAGAGAAGGUGUGGAUACCCCAUCCCUGGACCAGACUGGAUGGAACUCUGACCAACCUGGUCUAGUGGAAGGCAUCCCUGCCCAUGGCAGGGGUGUUGGAACUAGAGGAUCUUUAGGGGCCCUUCCAGCCUAAACCUGUUCUAUGAUCCUAUGAACAGCAAUUACAUUUUUGUUGUUCUCUUUACUUUUACUUAACUGGGGACAUUCACAGUUUUCAUCUCCACAUCUGUAGCUGAACUUACUGCUUAAGGAAAUCUUGCAGUGAUGUGACUGGUACAUAACUGCACUGGUUUUUUUUUUUUUUUCCCCUUCUCUCAAUUAUGUGCCCUUCCUGCUCCAUCAUAACUUUACAUUAGCUACAAUGGGCAGUACUGAAUGUGCUCCCAAGGGAGGGUUAGGAUAUGUAGAUAGUGGAAAAAAGCCUUUAGUGCACCGUCCUUCUGAGCCACAGCCAACUUUGGACCUGCCAGCGGUUGCUGCUGUAGGAUCAUCAGAGUGUAAGGCAAACAAGGAGUUUCCACAUUGCAAAGAAAUAUUUAAUGAAAAUUUCUUCUUCCUCCAUUUACAGAAAUGUAUAAACCAGUGAACAAAUGUUUCACAAGUAAACGUAAUUUUUUCAGUGGUAGCUAACCUUUGAGGUUCUGUACUAUUACCUUGCUGCUGCAAAAGAACAUACAAUCUCUCCUUGCUUCCCUGUGCAGUUUGAAGCUGUAAGAAUAAAUUACAGCUCACAGCAGGCUGCAUGCACAGCUGGCAUUGAUUGCUUUGUUCCUCUUGUCAACUUAAUUGAUAACUGUGUGAAUGUGAGAUUCAUCAUGACCAGCUACAUCCUGAGAAGUACACAAAAUAUAUUAAAUCUAUUUCCAUCCCUGUCUAUAAAGUUCUACUGAGGAAGAGCGAUAUCCAAACCCUUAUAAAUAAGGAAACCAAACCACUUAAAAAUGGCUUAUGCUAACUAAAUUCCACAAAAUCCCUUAUUCUUGGUAUUGAAAGGAUCAGUUACUCAGAUCUCCAAUUGCCUUUCCUUCCUCAAUGAGCAGAGUCUUAUGUUCUGUAGAUAAGCAAACAAGCCUCUGUUGCUGUCCCCCAGUGCAAAGUGUAGCUCUGCCUUCCCAUAAUUUUAAAGUGGGGGAAGGGAAUUUUUCAUACUCUUACAAAUGGGUAACACUGUCCUUCCUCAAUUCCAGUUGCCCAGUUUCUUCACUCAGCCUGGCUGAAACAAUCAGUAAAUCCUACAAAUGGGAGAAACCGACCCUUCAGCCUAGUAGACUGGAGCUGCAAAAAAAAUCUGGCAAAAUUAAACUUGGAUGGAUCAAGUAUCACUUGGAUAUUUGGGUUGUCAAUUGUCUCUUUAGAAAAUCAGUUCCAAAGGGACAGUGCCUGGAACUUUAUUUCAGCUUGGAGACAAACUUUUUAGCAGGACCUGUUGCAUUAGUACAAGACGUAAUAGUUUUAAAUCGAAGAAGGGUCAAUUUAGAUUAGAUACAAGUAGGAUUUUUACAAUGCAGAUGAGGAAACACUAGAACAAGUUGCCCAGAUUGAUGGCAGACACCCCAUCACUGGAAACAUUCAGGGUGAGAGUCCUGAAUAACCUGAUCUAGCUGAAGAUGGCAAUGGGAUUUGACUGGAUAGCCUUUAAAGAUCCCUUUCAACCUUUGUUUGAGCCUAUGAUUAAGAUUCUCUUAUGGUUGAAAUACCUUUGGCUUGCCUUUGGAAAGAAAUCUGUAACCCUAAUGCUUGAAUCUCCAGGUGACACUCUGUCAGACUCAUCUGGGGACCCUCUCUGCAGCUGGUAGAAAUUGGACAUGCACAACCUGGUUUUUUCCUUUCUAAAUUCCCUUAGUUUUAUUCAUAGGAUUUCAGUGUACAGUUAACAGUGCUAUUGAAAAAGCUGAAUGAUGGUGAAAAUCAUGAACUUCCCUAUGGCAGUGCUUUGAAGACAACACUAAUUAAAUGAAACACAGAAAUCUUUCUUCUGCUGUUCAGAGCAGAACCAAAGUGCUCUGUUCCUCAAACAGCACCUGCUCAUAUAAAGUGUCCUUAGAGAAACCAGCAGGAGCUGAAUUUAGCAAGCAGUCUUUGUUAAGGUAGAAGAUUGUUCCCAUUGCACCACUGAGACUUGUGCCAAUUAGAAUCCAUAAGGUCAAGGAUGCUCCUGUCAGAUCAACAGUGCUUCUCCUAAUGGAUUCUGCACCCUUAAACAUCUUCUUCAGCUUGGGGAGCUCAAGGUUUCUAAGAGGAGGAAUAAGAGUGCUUUGUUAGGCACCUCAUGCAGGAGGAGCUGGACCUGGUUCAAUUAAACUCCAAACAUGUUCCAACCUUUCAUUAAGGGAAAGAACAGCAGAGGCAAUAAUAGAAAAGCAUUUCACAGCACGGUAUUGGAUAAGAAUAGACUUGCUAAGUUUACAUGGCACCUUCCCCAGAUGUGCUUUGCUAGCCUGCUGACAGUUCAGCUGACGUGUUCCUGAUGCUGCCAUCCACAUCACUUCCAAACUUGGUUGCACUUUUAGAAGGAAACCCAAGUCACAGUGCUGGACACAGUGACUGUUGUGACAACACACCCUUAUGUAACCCGUAAGAAGCAGAUCACGCAGAGGAAACAUGGCCAGCUGUGAACACUGAGCACUGAAAGAUUUAGAUCUGAGGUCACUCAUCCCUUCAGAUAUUUCUGGAACCACCACCCCCCUACUGAAGCAUUGCUUUUGUUUUCUCAGCUCUGUCUCCUAAGCCAUAUUUUCACACUCUACACCAGAGCCUGCGUGCCUGGACGCCACCUUCCUGCACUAAAGCUCUCUUCAGUCUGCAGCACACGCCGUAUUAUGCUGGCACUACCCUUACAGCAGUGUGGGUACUGCCAGCAGUCAUAGUGUCGUCCAAUGCCAUGGCAGAGGAGUCACACAUAAGCAUCCUGCCAGUCUUACAGGCAGGAAGAAACACACUUUGUAAGUAAAGACAGGUUCAUUGUUGGUAUGCUCGAAAUCUUAACUGUGUGAUUGAAGAAUGAUUAGUCUCUAUGAUUAAAGAAAAAAAAAAAAGAAAUUGUAGUACAAACCUUUCAAUGGAAAAGCAGUUACAUUUAUGAGCUGUUUCUCUUCCUGGGAUCUCUGCUAUCCAGCAGUGCCCCUUCUCCAAUCAUCCUGUAUCAGUAGUCCUCUACACCACAUCCCAUACCUCAGUUUUCAAGGCCCCUGCAUGUAUCCCUCCGUGACAUGGCACUAGAGUCAGCAGUAUGUUGCUCUACACAGUAAACCUGCUUUAGUUUUAGUAGUUAUAUAAAAAAAAAAAAAAUGUCUACAAGCAACUACAGAAUGAGAAACAAGGUAAAACCAAGUCAGACAACAGCCACUCGGACAUGAGAAAAGUUUUAACAGCCAAACAAGCUAGAACAAAACUGCAGGCAGGUUUAAAGAAGUUCAGACAAAGCAAGCCUGGCAGGUUCUGGGACCCUGCAGAGCUGGAAUGAAGCUUCUGCCAUGCUACCAGCCACAGGAAUCCUGUGUUCAUUGGACUCUCAGCAGAGAUCAGCAUCUGGGGACUACAUGGGGGACGUCCCAAGUUUUUUAAAGAAAAAUCAUUAAGGACAGGUGUUUAUCCAUAGUCAUAUGCACACUUAAGUGUCCAAUCCUGUAAACCUGAGAAAUGGAUGAAAUUAAUCAGGCUUUUCUUUCUGUAUUUUCAAACUACUCUGCUCACCCAAUUCAGCCUGCGUGAGCAAUUCAACCAAGAUUUUGGUUUUGCAAAUACCAUUCUUGUCACCUGCAGUCUGAUAAAAAACAACCUACCUGAGAACCAGAUAUUUGUAUAGGAUUCAGAUUGCAACUGCAGGACUUGGCACUUGCCUCUCAGGCAGCAUUACACUUUGUUUCGUACUAAAACACAAUUACCAGAAUAUGGAGAACCUCUGGCAAAAUCUAUCAGCUCUCUAACAGCUACUGCUCACUCUGCACAAAUCUACACUUCAAACUUCAGUGAAGAACACCUGCAACGCAUGGAGGAAAAGGGAGGACGUACAACGCCGCAGGUUGCAACGCACUCCUUAUAGUUAUGCUUAUUGAAGUACCCUUAUGGGGCAGUUUAAGGAAAAACAUAUGUGCAUUAUAUAAUACAACUGUAAAAUACAAAAACUCAUUAAAAAUUACACAUGGUUUAGCUUAAGAUUUAUGCACUCAGCAUUUGGGUAUUAUUACUAAACCACACUGAAUUUUUGGCCACUUUUCACUGUAGAAGUCCCAACCAUACCCAAGUCUUCAGUCAAGGUGUGCCAAUACAACUGUUUAAUUAUAAAUGCAACAAAUUUAAGUGGCUGUUUUGGAAAGUAAAAUGUUGCUGAGGAAAAAUAACAGCAAAAGAAGCACUGACUAAUGCUCACACAGCAAGGAGGUGGACCCUUAAAAAGGUAUGUGAGAAAAGCAUAAAACACUGUCAAGCUCAGCUGUUGGGAGUUGUUCAUUUGUAUCAUCCUUAGCACAUCUUCUCUGAAUUAUUUUUCAACAACAAAUAUGUGACAAUAUUUGCCACUUCGCUUCCCCGGCUAGCUGAUGUUGAGAGUGAGGGGCGGCAGUUUUUCCCCCUGGAGCUCCUUGAAUCCCAGUUGUCAGUUGUUUUGGCGCAGUAUAAAACACAGGCAGCGCACAGGGGUCCCAGGGAAAC